UCAAGAAUGCCCACAGGCAUGCUACUAUACUCUGGUAGUUAUGUUUUCCAUAGGCAGUUUCAGUAGUUAAACAAUGACAGUUCACAUAAUGUUUGAAGGCAAGCAAUGUUCAUUUUUGUCUGUCUGUGUGAUUUACAGGGUGGCGUGGAUGAUACACUCUCAUUAACAGCCUAUAUCACUGCUGCCCUUCUGGAGCUUCAAUUGGAGAAGAAUGAUACAAUGCUGAAUAAUGCCUUACGUUGUCUUAAGAAUGUUACGUUUGAUGAGACCAGCCUUUAUGUCAAGGCCUUGAUGGCUUAUGUAUUCACGCUGACUGAGGAUGUGGAGCUGAGACAGGAACUUCUGGAUAAGUUAGAGAAAGAAACUGCAGAGCGUCUGACAUCAGAUUUCAGUAGUAAAGAAUCUUCUUCUAUGAUUGAGAUAGUAGCCUACAUCCUUCUGGCUCAUGUUUCCAAAACAGAUUUUGCCAUCAAUGAAAGUGCAGCCAGCAAGCUUGUGCACUGGCUCAGUAAACAAAGAAAUGCUCUUGGGGGAUUUGCUUCCACACAGGAUACAGUCGUUAGCCUGCAGGCCCUGGCUCAGUAUGCAGCCCUGAUUCCUCGUGAGGUCAGAGAUGUAAAGGUAACAGUGAAAGGUAAAGAGGCUUCUCCACUAGAGUUCCAUGUGCACCAAAAUAAUAAACUAGUCUUGCAUCAAGCAUCUCUCCUUGAAGUCCCGGGGAUGUACACAGUACAGGCAACUGGCAGUGGCUGUGUCUACAUACAGAGCACUCUCUACUAUAACAUCCCGCCACCAAAAACUGAAGUUGUCUUCCUCCUGGAUGUGGGAACAGUAACACGAGAAUGUGAUGGUGUCAGGAAACAGUUUGACAUCCACUUAUCUGUUAGUUACACUGGGGACCGUGUAACCAGUAAUAUGGCCCUAGUGGAGGUGGAUAUGCUGUCAGGGUUCAUUCCUACGAAAAAGUCUGUGAAAGAGGUAAGACUUUUUCCUCUGGCCUUCCCGAAGGCCAUGAAGAUGUACUUUCCAGAUGUAUUUCAGCCAGAAAUACCCAAACCUCUAAGAACUGCUGGAGUAUAAUAGUUACUAAGAAGU